AUGGUUCCAUGGGGUUUACAUGUUAGUGCAAUUGAACCAGGUGCAAUGAGAACACCCAUUAUUGAAACGAGUCGUGGAUCAUUUGCAGAUUUUUGGAGUCAACUUUCAAGUGAUGCUAAAGAACGAUGGGGAGAAAAUUUUAUUAAAACUGAAUUUAAUAUCAUACAAGAAAGUCCACUUUUCAAAUUUGCCGAAGAUCCUAUAAAAGUCGUGCGAUCUCUGCAACAUGCUGUUAUGAAUAAAUCUCCUCAUAUUCGUUAUCGACCUGGUUGGCAAUCAAGUUUUAUUUUAUUUCCACUUUCGAAUUUACCUGUUCGGAUUAUCGACUGGCUUCUCAAUGCACUAAACAAAUCACGUGAUCCUCCAACGGGUGUUUCUCAACAACUUAAAGACUGA